CUGAGCUCGUGUGUUUGUGUUUGGCAGAGGGUAAGGCAGAGUAGUGUCUUUGCUACUAGACACAGGCACACAAACACACACACACACACACAGCACAGACUUCUCACCUCGUGCAAAUCAAUCACAUCAGCUCGGAGCAACGUGCAAGGAGAGCUGAGACACAGGCAGCACAUAGAAUAUUCACAUAGAAGGAUAUUCACAUAGAAGGAUAUUCACAUAGAAGGAUAUUCGCAGGGUAUUCAAGGAGCUUGGAUGUAUUCAGCCUGUGCCGGGAAACAGAUCGCAGGACAGGGGCAGAUGUGGCUCGAAGCAGCAGCCAGUGAGCUCAUGAAGAUGAAUUCUGCCGAGGUAGAGGACAGAGUAUUGUUUACAGACACUUACUGCAAAAUCUGCAAUGCGCAGUUAAUUUCCGAGUCUCAAAGGGUUGCACAUUAUGAGAGCAAGAAACAUGCUAAUAAAGUUCGUCUUUACUAUAUGUUACACCCAGAGGAUGGAGGACCUCCCUCAAAGAAACUUCGACCGGAUGACCCAGAAAGCGAUGAGACUGAAGUCGAUAAAAAUAAAUGCUGUACCCUUUGCAACAUGUUCUUCACAUCUGCUAUAGUUGCUGAAUCUCAUUAUCAAGGAAAGACUCACGCUAAGAGAGUGAAACUUGUGCUCGGGGAGUCACCAAACACGCCAGCUCCAGCAGAACCAAUACAAGAGACACCCGAGCAUACAGAAAUACCUCCUCCGGAAGAGGACACAUUGUGGAACCUAAAUAUAGGAAACGAGUCUAGGAAAUUCUGCGACCUCUGUCGGGCAUGGUUUAACAAUCCAUUGAUGGCCCAGCAACAUUACGAGGGAAAAAAGCACAAAAAGAAUGCCGCACGGGCUAAACUUCUACAGCGACUUGGAGAAACGUUAGAUUCAGAAGCAUUAGAAGCUUUGCGAAGCAGCUACACUUGCAACGUCUGCAACAUGGUCUUAAACUCAGUGGAACAGUAUCACGCCCAUCUGAAAGGGGCACGGCAUCAGAACAAUGCCAAUAAUAUCUCAGAUGGAACCAAACCACUUGGGAACGGGACUCCUCAGAACCCAGCAGAGCUGCAAAGACAGCAAAGAGGCAACUCUUACACAAAAAUCAAUAUGCAGAAGCGAUGUGGAAAAGAAGUAGGAAAGGACAAUGACAGCGGAAGAAGUUCUCUAAGUCCACCGCAGAUUUCAGAAGUUACCGGAGACUGCUCACCAGAGAACACUUUCUUUUCUGCCAUGGUGGAAGAGGAAAGCCACAUUUUGUGCUGACUCCUGUGCCUUUAAUACAGACACAUUUUUAUGAAGUACAGCACAAGAAAGGGCUUUUUGUUGAAUAUCACUUGGAUUUACUGCCAAAUUGGGCAUGAAAUCAUCUCAAUAGCAGCUCCUAUCUCCAGCCUUUUCUAGUUUCAUGUAAAAUCAGCUUUAGAAGAAAAUGUAAAUAUUCUGGGGUAUUUUGGGGGGAAGGGUUGUCUGUUUUUCAGGAUUUUACCUGACAUACAUCACAAAUCCAGGAUAUGUAUCUGCAGGGGGGGGGGAAACAAGGCAUUUUGAUACUCUCAGUCCUCAGAUACUCGAUUUCAGUUCCUUAUAAUAUGUACAUUGUUUAUCUGAGAUGAUGAAGAUCCAUCCUCUCUACAAAGCUCAGAAAAGAUCAUUAGAGCUGCUCAAAGAAGACACAAGAUGCAUUUGGACAGAUUAUCGAUACAACUCUUCCUUGGCUGACACCCCCCCAACAUGCUCUUUAAUACUAAAUUAUUUUUGAAAGGUCAAAGGAAUGUCUAAUUUCACUUGCUAAGUCUAUGCACAUUGUCCCCAGUGGUAGAGGUUGAACUUUGUAUACCCAGCAGCAAAUUUCCAGUUUAACAUAAAAUAAAUCAUAUUUCCAGACUUGAAUACAUACAUACAUAUCACAAGUCAAACACCCCAUGUUUAAUAACUAUUCUGGAAUGUUGGGAAUACAGAGAGGCGAUUGCUCUAUUAUCUUUACAUAUUGAUUCACUGAAAU